CGGAGCUCUCAGCCCCAGCGCUCUGCCCGGCGCGCCGUAGUCAGUGCUGCGGGCUCCGGGCCAUGAACACCCUUGGGGCCCCUGGCCCGGGCCCGGGUAGGAAGGAACUUAAGAUCGUGGUCGUGGGCGACGGCGGCUGCGGCAAGACUUCACUGCUCAUGGUGUACAGCCAGGGAUCAUUCCCCGAGCACUACGCUCCAUCCGUGUUCGAGAAGUACUCGGCCAGCGUGACCGUGGGCAGCAAGGAGGUGACCCUGAACCUGUAUGACACCGCCGGGCAGGAAGAUUAUGACCGGCUGCGGCCCCUGUCCUACCAGAACACCCACCUCGUGCUCAUCUGCUAUGAUGUCAUGAACCCCACCAGCUACGACAACGUCCUCAUCAAGUGGUUCCCUGAGGUCACCCAUUUCUGCCGUGGGAUCCCCAUGGUGCUCAUUGGUUGUAAGACAGACUUGAGGAAGGACAAGGAGCAGCUGCGAAAACUCCGGGCAGCCCAGAUGGAGCCCAUCACUUACUUGCAGGGUCAGAGUGCCUGCGAACAGAUCCGAGCUGCCCUCUACCUGGAAUGUUCUGCCAAGUUUCGGGAGAAUGUAGAGGACAUCUUCCGAGAGGCUGCCAAGGUUGCCCUCAGCGCUCUGAAGAAAACGCAGCGGCAGAAACACCACCGGCUGUGCCUGCUGCUCUGACCCUUUGGGCAGGGCACACAACCCUCCCAGCAAGACUGACAGGGCCCAGGUCCCCAGGCCCAGACUGCUCCCCAGGGCACUUGGAGUUGGUCUCUCCAGUGCCUGGUGGCUGGAGCCUAUGGCUAGACUCUUAAGAACAUUCUGGAACUCUCUCCUUUCCCGGCUGGGGCUCCAACCAUGAACUUGCCUCUGAUAUAUCACUGGAGUUGUGGCUUGUGUGGUGGGGGGUGAGGGGGUCUGGACUCAGUCCCUCUGUAACCUGAAACCAGCACUGGUCCCAGGACUCAGGCAUGCCCUCUCCACAAUCUCCACCAGACAUGUACGACCUUCUUUGCACAUCCUGUGGCUCCUCAAAGCCUACACUUGAAAUGAAGAACUCCAUCUGGUACGUGGGUCAAUGUAGAUUUGGCCCCCCAAGCCUGCUGCUCCCACAUCACCCUCCCUGGGCUCCCAAGAUAGGCGAGGCUGCAUCCUCCAGCUUCUUCCUUACCCCAGGAACUCUGGGGUCAGUCACAACGGGACCCAGGCCUAUCAGAAGAACACAGGCAACAGCCCCGGACAUGAGGGCCAGGGCCAGCCCCCACCACCCUGACUCUGCCACACACAGAAGACUUCAGGGUCAACCUUGAGCUUGGUUGCCAUCUUUCCAGAGCUGGAUGCAUGUGACCAAAGGGGAGAAGAAACUCUCAAAAUGUGAAAAGUAUACCCAGGACCACCCAUCCCAACCCCUGCUUGGGGGUCUCCUCACCUGCAAGGCCCUACUGCCAGGAACUCAAGGUGAAAAGGGGUAUCAGCUCUGAGUGAUCAUGGGCAAACCAGCUCUAUCUUUACACUGUUUCCCUAUCUGCAAAAGGACAUCAUUGGCUCAUCUAAAUAGCCAUCAGCCUCCAUCUGCCCAGUUCAGCCUCCACUUCACCAAGAUGAGGAAUUCUGGAGCUGAGACCACCCUGGCCUCCUGCUAGAACAAACCCGAUCAAUCCCCAGUUGCAGAUUUAUGAACCUCUUUCUGAAAUGCCUAGAGUUGGGGGUCCACAAGUUUUUAAACAAGUGCCCCAGAUGACUCGAAUACCCAAGAGAUUGGGAGCUGCUUGGUUCCUAAGUAAGCCUAGGAGUCAGCUUUACCUAAAAAUGGGAUAAUGGCUUCAAGUGGCUCCUGUCCUGCCCGGUAUCUCCUGCCUCAGCCCCCUUACCCAGUGCUGCGGCCACACUAAGCCUGAGCCUCUGUGAAGUCCACUGCUAGGGAACAAGGCUUCUGAAAUCCACACCACUGCAUCAGGGCUCCCUAAGACCCUGCCAUGUCCUGGGGAGUCAACAGAGCAUUUGGUCCAAGGCCUCAUGGACAAAUGAUGAUCUAGGAUGCAGAGGUCAGCAAACUACAGUUUGUGGGCCAAAUCUGGCCACUGCCUGUUUUUGUAAAUGAAGUUUUACUGGGACACA